ACACUCACCAAGGCCCCAAAAAACCAAGAGGCGUUUAACGCUCUUCUCUUUGACCCCAUUGAUUGCUCCAGUCAUCAUUUAUUCUAUCGCCCGUUAUCCCACGAUACCAAUAAUUAACAACAGCAGUACAACCGAGAUUAUUGGCACGAGAGAACACACCAAUUUCCAAAGGGGCGGCGGCAACCACGUAGCGAGUGCCUUUGAGAAUACAGAUUCGAAAAAUGCCUUUGUUCACACUUCAUACAACAGCUAUAUGCAAAAUAAAUCCCCCAGCGAAACAUCCACUUCGUCGUCCAAACCGGGAUCGACGAAAACACAGGCCGCCUUUGUGAAUAAGCUAUACAAAAUGGUAGAAGAUCCAUCCAUACAGGAUCUGAUAUCAUGGUCAGAAGAUGGCGAUUUAUUCAGUGUGGCUAAUCCCACCGUGUUCUCCAGAGUGGUGCUACCUCAGUAUUUCAAGCACAACAACUGGCAAAGUUUCGUUCGACAAUUAAACAUGUACGGCUUUCACAAGGUCAAUGACAUGAUCCAUUCCAAUUUGACGACGGAAACACAAACAUGGGAGUUUAAACACCCGCAUUUCCGUCGUGGCGCAAUCGACGAUCUACAAAAUAUAAAACGUAAAAGUGGCAAACCCAGUUCACCAGCCAAUGCGCGUCCAUUGUCUUUUGGGAAUGGUGGUGCAGAAGAUGAUGCUUUGAACGCCAUGUACCAACAUAUCACCAUGAUCGAAGAAAAGCUGCGAACCGUAACGGAUGCAUACGAAGCAUUGCGGCAUGAAACGACCAGUCUUAUCAAUAUUUCUUCAAGGCAACAAAAAACAAUACAAGAGUUUAGCGAUAUGCUGGCUAUGGUAGAAAAGGAAAAGCAGGCAGCUUUACUUCAAAGAGAGCGGCAACGAUCGGAUCACGAUGCAUCGCUUGAAGAACGACCAUGUAAAUUGCAGGCAGCCGAAGUGAAGCCUGCCUCCAGUGGAUCGUCAAGCUUGUCAAAUCUGUUAACUGUUGAUAAACCUAGAGCUGUCAUUCCCUCUUAUCCAUCCAAUCCCUCCGAUACUCACCUUCCAUCUUUAUGGCAACGACAUCAUGAACCGUUGCCUUCCGCUUCAGAGGCAGCCGUGGAACGAAUAACGACCCCACCGCAUCCAUCACUUCAUCGUCUUGCACCUAUCACUGUACCUUCACUCAAUUCCCCCAGUGACACGUUAAAGGAUCGUGACAUGAUGGUUUUACAACCGCCGGCGGGUUACUCUCCCAUGGAAAGUUCACCGCUUGAGCACAACGGAGCGCCGUCGUCACAUGCCGCUGAAUUACCAUCUCUCUACAAACGCAGAAGAUCAUCUGCGGGAUUCAACCAUCCGUGGCGGGACAAUCAUACUACAAAUCACCAUGGUCAGAGAGAGAGCCAAGGCAAUAAUACCCCCAAUGUAAAACACCUGAGCUUUGGAAAGCAAUCGCAUCUGCUGAAUCCGACAAACGGUAAUCAAUGGCAAUUGCCUGUUUCAGAUAACAGAUUCCAUUAAUGGCUUUAUUUCUAUAUUUACCGACCAAAAAAAAAACAUCUUGAUUUUUUAUAGAAGUGAAAGGGUUUACUUCCGC